CGAGCCACCAGGGGGCAGUGUGAGGCAAACAGGUGACGUUACCAACCCGGAACUGCUGUACUUCCUGUCACUUAAAAUGGAAACAGUUCUGCCAAAGUAGCAUCAAAUAUCACUUUAACCGUCCUGCUUCUGCCUGAGACAGCACUUUAGAGUUCUUUUGGAUUUAAUCACCUCUUACAUAUCAUCUAAGAGCUAACGUAGAGGAGUACGUCCUUAUUUAACUGAGAUUUGUUCCUGAGAUAAACACGAUGAGGAGAGGUGUAGGAGCUGGAGCUAUCGCCAAAAAGAAGCUGGCAGAGGCCAAAUAUAAAGAGAGAGGGAAUGUUCUUGCAGAGGACCAGAUUGUCCAAAUGUCGAAGCAGUUAGAAACCUUCAAAUCCAACCUGGAGGAGUUCGCCAGCAAACACAAACAGGAAAUCCGAAAGAGCUCUCAGUUCAGGGUUCAGUUUCAGGAGAUGUGUGCCACCAUCGGAGUCGACCCUCUGGCCUCUGGUAAAGGUUUCUGGUCAGAGAUGCUCGGCGUUGGAGAUUUCUAUUAUGAGCUGGGUGUGCAGAUUAUUGAAGUGUGCCUGGCGCUGAAACACAGAAAUGGAGGGCUCAUAACUUUGGAUGAACUUCACCAGAGAGUGCUGAAAGGACGAGGUAAAUACGCCCAGGAUGUGAGCCAAGACGACUUGGUGAGAGCCAUAAAGAAACUGAAGGUGAUGGGGAACGGCUUCGGGAUGAUUCCUGUUGGAGGGUCUUACUUGGUUCAGUCGGUUCCUGCAGAGCUCAACAUGGACCACACCGUCGUUCUGCAGCUGGCUGAGAAAAAGGGCUACGUCACCGUGAGCGAGAUCAAAGACAGUCUGAAGUGGGAGAGGGAACGGGCGUGUCAGGUCCUGGAUCACCUCCUGAAAGAAGGCCUGGCCUGGCUGGACUCUCAGGCAGCUGGAGAACCUCAGUACUGGCUGCCCGCUCUCUUCUCCGAGAUCACCUCCCGUGAUGUCACACCCGAGGAAGCCAAUCAGAUGACUCCCUGAGAAAGGCGGGCACCUUUAGAGACUUGUUGGUAAACAAAAUGUGCCUGGUGGUGACUCGUGAUGGGGCCGGCUGGUUCACUGCGGGUGGUUCUCCUCUGAGAUCAUUUUCUGGACACACAGAGGGGAAAGUUUCCUCAUCGGCUCCUCAGUGACAUUUACAUAACGAGUCACAGAGAGCGGCUUGAUUUUCACAACACUGGAGUUCAGUGUUGUCCGCCUGGUGUCACGCUUUGUGGGUGUUAUGGUUUACUCUUAAUGUACAGAUGAUGUGGUUUUAAGUUUUUCUUGUAUAAAUAAAUUUAAAGCUACUGUAAGGA